AUGCCGUUCGCAGAGGAAGGGAAGAAGGUGAACAUUCAGCGGACGUACUCCGACCCCGACCUCCCUCAGCUCUUGCCUUUGCCGGCACGGCCCUCCUCCUCCUAUGAACCGAGACCCAAGGUGAAGGAGGCAGCCCAGUUCACGGAUGACGUGAUGCAGGCCAUGGCCGAGAAGCUGGGCAUCAACGUCAUGACCCAGCCGGAAUUCAACUGGGUGAUCCGCGAUUGCUUGCUCUCAUUGCGGGAUGAAGGUUGGACGUGUCAGGUGCGAAAUGGCGACCUGGAGUACUGUUACAAGUACAAGGAUGAGACGCGGCCGUAUCAUCCCAUCGCAGAGGCGCACCGCAAGCUCGCAGAAAGACUCAUGGCUUCUCAACAAGGCCUGCAGAUGGCCCACCUGGAUCCACAUUAUCGUGUUCGACACCACGUCUACCGGUCGAUCAUGGGAGAGAAGGAUGUUCGUCGAGUUUGCACUCCAAAGCUCAUCGAGGAAGUGAUGAAGGACUUGGAUGUCAGCCCUUCAGAUGAGCCUUACCUCAUUCGCAGGAUUAAAACAUCGGUUGAGGACGCUUACUUCAGGUACAAGCGGACUGGAAAGUUUCAGACCACCAUCGAGAACUGUAUCGAUGUGGAGUCUAUGGUGGUCAACCUAGAGCUCGAUCGAGUUGGCUUCAUGAAGAAGAUCUCACCCUCAGGUUUGUUGUACUGCGUGGAGUGCCAGACUGCUUUGGGUGACGUCAUCUCUGCUGGUUGCCAUGAUGUUCUUUGCAACCAGUGUGCUGUGGAGACACACAGCACAGGCAACCGACAGGAUGCUCCCCUCGUCUUCAUCGAGCAGGCCGUGUGUGCGGAAUGCACCACCAAGGCAGCAUUGGUCCGCUGUCAAGAUUGUGUCGAGCUGUUUUGCUACGACUGCUUCAAGAUGACGCACGCCGCAGGGAAGCGAAGGAGGCAUUGUGUGGGCCUCCCGCAGAGAACCUUUUGCUUUGAGUGCGACAUGCGGGAGAAGGUCUCACGUGAGCAGAUCCUAAGGGCGAUCGCCAGUCUGCUGAGCUCCAAAGACACCGCGUACAUCGAUGCGGUGAAGAAACGUGCAGCAGAUGGGAACCUGAAGAUCAAAGGUGGGACCCAGCAAAGACAUAGCCUUGUUGAUCGACAGUGGCACCUUUUGGAGGCGAAUAGCCUCAGUCGCCCAGCGCUUGAGUCGAGCUCUUCGGGAAUGCGAUGGACACCCAGCGCCGCCUCGGCUGCGUGCUUGGCAAACAAAGCCAUCGAGGAAUGUGAAGAAGCAGAAGGAUACAACGAGCGCGUGCGAGUGGUUGGAGGAAGCAAGCUGGCCAUACUCGUGAAGCCGGAUGUGGCGAGCACGCAGACCGGGGAAUAUUUGGCUCCGGAUCAGUGGGCUGAUACAAUUGCAAGGGUGGUCAACCGAAAAGAUGGCCGCGUCUAUGUGCGGCUACGUUCCUUGAAUGGCUGGGUCUCCAGCAGAUCAAGCAAGGACUAUGCGAAGGUGGUUUUGCAGGUGGAGCAAGGUAAGCCACCUGUGGAACCGGUGAGCACGCAGGUCAUUGGCCAGAGCCGCGCCAUGAGACUCCUGACCGCGAUGUCCGAGGAUGGCCGUCCGGUCGAGAACGCGCCGCUGGAGCCUCGCCGAUUUCGUACGACCAUGGUCGCACAGAUUCUGCCACAUCCUGACUCUACAGGAGCGAUGGGAGCCAAGCUGAAUGCCAAAGAGGAGUUCUUGGCUGACGGAGCCUUCCUGCGAGCUUCAGAUGGGCGGGCUUACUUACAUUUGAAGGACAAGCGUGGAUGGAUCUGUGAGCGAGCCAAAGCGGAUUUCUCCAAGUUGGCCGUUCAGCCUUCUGGCUCCACAGAGGAGCUGAUUGAGUUGGAGGUGAAGGAAAACAUGCCUUCAUCCUCCUCCGUUCGCACUCGUGAAGGAAGCAGAAAGGUCAUUGUGUUGGAGAAGACUGAGACUGUUGGAGAGGGCGCAGAGCAACCAGGGGCAUCAGCUUCUUCUGCUCCAGACCUACCGGCUGUCUUCCGAUCUGACCAUGAGAUUUGGCCAGAGGACUUUCAUCCUCCCAAGCCGAUCAAGAAAGCCAUGCGGCUGAAGCUGCGUAGAUUGUUUGUGCGCCACGGUGCCAAAAUGAAGGAGUGUGAGGAGGACAUCAAAGAGCUCCAAGACAAGGCCUCCACCUUUGGUCGUGCCUGUCCUGCGCAGAAGGAGCUUCUGCAAUAUGCAGAUGCUUUGAGGAAAGAAGCGCAGAAGGCGAAGAAGACAUGGGCGGAUGCUGUGAAGUCUUUGCUGAAAGAGACUCCCGAUGAGAAACUUCAGGAGAAGUCCAGCACGAACUCGGCUGCCUCUGGCGGCCAAGGUUCUGUCUCACCGGUGCAAGUCCGUGGAGGGCGCUGGUUCUGCGCGAUGCUUCGGAUGGAUGGGAGUGAUGAAGGUUCAUCGGUACUCCGUCCAUGUGGACCCUUGCGCUUAAGCCAUCGGGACGCCUCGCAAGAUCUCCAGCAAAUGCUCCAGGUGAAAGAUGAGAAUCUCAAAAGAAAGGCCGAGAAUCCAGAGGCCUCGUACAUCUGCACCGAGUGUGAGGAUGCCCUUUGCUCCCGUUGCUCUGCGCAGAUCCACCGUGUGGGUGCGCGACAGAACCAUACCCUCUUCGGCCUCAGGAAGGCGGCCUAUAGCAAACGCCUGUUUGCGGACAACCUUGAUCGCUUGAUGGGCAUUCUGCAGAGAAACAUCGAACGCUCCUACAAUCUUAGCCCAUGGUUCAUCUUCUAUGACCAAGCCCUGGCACCUUCUUGGUACAACUUCACCAGUUACCAGAUGGUGAGAGCUGACCCAAACAAUCUGGUCAACCCACCCAUUGAAGAAGUUGAAGGCAUUCCCAAGAAGGCAGAUGAUCAAGUUCUGCGUGGAUUGCCAGGUGCGACGAUUCUCAAGGACACCCACGUGGCACAGCUCACGGCACAGGGUGCUUGCUUCGACGUGCCGCCACCGGUGCAUGUGAAGUUCGCGGUGACCAAGUUUGUGGUUCUGCUUUGUGCACAGCAACUGGUCAUAUCUGCUGGUGGACCAUGUCCAGAAAGACAUGCUGUGAUCGCUUUUUUCGCUGGUGAGGUGGAGAAGGCUGAAACGAAGGUGCCCUGCAGCCCAGCGCUUGCGGAGUGCUAUUUUGCAGGAACCGUGCAUAGUGGCCCAGAUGGAGGUGGUCAUUAUUUUAUCGAUUGGGAGGAUGGCAAUGAGAACUUUCGCCGGGUGCAUCAUUCCCAGGUGUGGUUGCUCGAGAAUGGUCAAGUCUGUGAUGAGCAACAGGACCAGCAACAGGAUGAGUGGGUACCAAUCUCACCAACUGUUCGGCGCAAGUGCACAUUGCUAUUGAGAUUGCAUUGGGAGGCCUGGGAUCCCACUUGGUCUGCUGAAGGGAUCCAAGCGGUCGCGAGAGACCUGCAAGCGGAGGAGGUGAUCGAUGGCUUUGAUUGGCAUGUGAUCAUGCGCUUCAAGACGCGGAUGAUGUGCAGGUCAGCCUUCCAGCGCAUGGAGAAGCUGUUGAACACCUGCAAUGAGACGGAUUUGGAGCUUUGCAGAGUUCAUCCCUACGUGAAGGCGGUGGAAUUGCUGAGGGAGAUGCCAUAA